GAUGAUGAAAUGGAAUUAAAUAUGAAAAACCCAUCUGCUGGUCGAUUUGUCAAGUGUCCUGGUCAAAUAAUUCCCAUGUUCUGCCGAUUCUGGUCCCUUGAUAGACCCGUUCACCAUUAAAUAAACCACCAACACGAUGGCCAACUACAGCUAUCCCCGCGACCUCGAGCAAGGUCCCAACUCAUACGAACUCCAACCCGAACCCACCAACCCAAUGACCCUCAUCCUCCUCAAACGCCAACAAAUCACCGAAGAACUCGGCAGCCUGCGCACAAGACGCGAGAUCCACCUCCCCACUGCCCAACAAGCCCUUCUGGACUCCACCGGAAUUGCAGAGGACCAGCAAGCCCGAAGCAACCUCGACCGCACCGAAUCCGAGAUCACCACCUCCCUCCAGCGAUGUCGCAGCCUGCUGUCCGAGCUCCGCGACCAAGUGUCAGCCGCCCCCGAUGCGCGCGCGCGCACGCAGCUCGAUGUAGCCAGCGGCAAUGUGCAGACUGAGAUCGCGAUGUAUUACCGCGCUCAGAGCGACUUCAACGUGCGACUGCGUGAGCAGGUACGCAGACAGUACCAUGUUGCGCAUCCGGCAGCGACCGAGGAGGAUGUCGAGUCGGGGGUGCAGAAUGUGCUUGGGGGAACGGAGCAGACUUUCAAGAUCCAAGGCAUGCGCAGCACCGCCGCGCGAGACGCCCAGGAUCGCAUCGCAGAGCGAUCCGCCGCCCUGCGCAAGAUCGAGCGCGACUUUAUCGAGCUGAACACACUCUCCCAGGAGGUGGCGCAGCUGGUCCAUCUGCAGGACCCCGUGGUGGAGAAUAUUGAAGAGAAGACGAAGGAGGUCGCGGACGAUACGCUCAAGGCCAACGAUCACCUGGACAAGGGGAUCACCAGCGCGCGAAACGCGCGCAAAUGGAAGUGGUGGGCGCUUUUUAUCGUCAUUCUUAUCAUUGCCAUCAUCGUGGCCGCGUGCGUGGGAUGGUGCAAGACUACCGACCACUGCUGAGGAAAGAUAUUAUAAUUUACUUAAUAAUGAAUGGAAUGAUCCGU